AUGUCUGAUAUGUUAUUGGCUUGUCUCAAUACUUUCUUCUAUUUUAAAGAUCUACCAACAAGUUGCAUCGAUGCACAGAGAAAGAACAUUCCACCAGGUGAGACCUUCAUCCAACCGAGUAAAUCCGUCGACCCUUUCUUCGUCUAUUGCGAUGCAAAUAUGGUUCCGGGAACAGUCGUGACCAUCAUUGGAAAUAUUCAAGAAGAAACAACUGAUUUCGACAACGACAUUACAAUCACGUAUCACAAUGUGACAUUUGUGCAGAUCGAAGCCCUCAUUAAUAUUAUGGAUAAUUGCUACCAACCAGUGCGAUUUGAUUGCUUCAAAACCAUGUUUGUCGGGACAGCCGGUGCGUACUGGUUUGGUAAGCAGAAUAAAAUGAACCAAUAUUUUGGGAGCAGCGACAACAUCCACAAGAUGUGCACGUGUGGCAUGGAGAGGCUGUGUGGUGGUCGUGGAGGCAAAACCAAAAUGAUGCAAAGAGCCUGUAACUGUGACAAUGCCGAUAAAGUCUGGCGACGUGAUGGCGGUAUUCUCUCUCAGAAGAGUGACCUCCCAUUACGUAGGUUGAAGGUCCCGGUAGUACCCAAUGCGAAAAUGGCUUUGAAAGUCGGAAAACUAUACUGCGCUGACAGACCAUUCGAUAUCGAUGAAUGCGCGCUGGGCUUCCAUGAUUGCCAUCCGAACGCAACGUGUGUCAAUGAGAAUCCAGGCUUUAAAUGUUACUGUAAGACAGGUUUCCGCGGUCAUGGAGUGGACGGAGCCUUUGCUAACGGCCGAGAAUGUCCAGAUGACAAUGAAUGCGGAUUGCGAAUGUGCCCCUGGUCGGCCCACUGCAAGAAUCUUCCAGGCACAUUUAAAUGCACCUGUCGGAAUGGAUUCACGCAAACAAGUCCUCUUACUUGUGAAGAUAUUGAUGAAUGUAAAAAAGGAACUCACAACUGUGAUCCAAACGCUCAGUGCGUCAACACAGAAGGUGGAUUUUUCUGUCGUUGUAAAAGAAAUUUCCGCGGGAAUGGCACGGUCGGAUUCUGUGAGAGAAUUGGAAUCUGCCAGUGUUUUGGUGAUCCUCACUGUCUUUCUUUCGACGACAAAUGGUUACAUUUCCAAGGCAAGUGUAAGUAUAUCAUGGCGUCGGACAAGUGCACUGCAAACGCCAUACCGACAUUCGAAAACACCGCUGUUUAUUCUGUUAAUGUUAUUCUCAACAUUUUCUCUUUCUUUCUUUCUUUCUUUCUUUCUUUCUUUCUUUCUUUCUUUCUUUCUUUCUUUCCAUAUCUCUUCUUUAUUUCUUUCACUUCUUUCCAUGUAUCUUUCUUUCUUUCUUUCUUUCCAUCCAUAUUUGUUCUUUAUUUCUUUCUCUUCUUUCUUUCUUUCUUUCUUUCCAUCCAUAUAUCUUCUUUCUUUCUUUCUUUCUUUCUUUCUUUCUUUCUUUCUUUCUUUCUUUCUUUCUUUCCAUCCAUAUCUCUUCUUUCUUUCUUUCUUUCCAUCCAUAUCUCUUCUUUCUUUCUUUCUUUCCAUCCAUAUCUCUUCUUUCUUUCUUUCUUUCUUUCUUUCUUUCUUUCUUUCUUUCUUUCCAUCCAUAUUUGUUCUUUCUUUCUUUCUUUCUUUCUUUCUUUCUUUCUUUCUUUCUUUCUUUCUUUCUUUCUUUCUAUCCGUAUUUGUUCUUUAUUUCUUUCACUUCUUUCCAUGUAUCUUUCUUUCUUUCUUUUGUUCCAUAUCUCUUCUUUCUUUCUUUCUUUCUUUCUUUCUUUCUUUUUUUCUUUCUUUGUUCUUUCUUUCUUUCCCUCGAAUCUAUUCAAUGAUGACCAAGCAGACGACUGGACAAUUGGCCCAAUGUGCGAUGUUAACGGCCCACUGACAGAGAAUAUGGAGACAUUUGGUCAAUCAUGGUUAGUGGCGGACUACACCGAUGGCGUUAAUGUAAGUGAAUGUAAAAAUAAUUGUCAUCGACCAAGUCCAUCGGACCAGUGUGAUCCCAAAAAGGAACAACUGGCCAAAUACCUUUGUGGCAAAAUGGAGAAAGAUUUUUACGAGUGUUUUGAGGCAAUGGAACUAAAUAUGCGCAACCAAUACCGAUUCAGUUGUGUCUAUGACUUGUGCCACAUAUCGGCAAACACUUCGGAGGGCAUCUGUCAAUUUGCCAACGCUCUAUUGAAUGAAUGUCAAGUCAAUAUGAAGCUGAGCACCUAUUCUUGGAGAGGCUAUUGUCCAAGGAAAUGCGGCAGAAAUCAGGAGUUUAAACUCCGUCGAAAGGUCAGCGACUCGAGAACUUGCUUGAAAGUGAAUCAAAAAAUCCUUAACGCAUACGUUGACGAUCCUCACAGCAAAUCCGAAGGUUGCUUUUGCCGAAAGGGUUACGUCAUGCAGGAUGACGAAUGCAUCAAGGAGGAGGAUUGUGGUUGCACCUACAACGGCACUUAUUAUUCGGUUGGAGCUAUCGUAAUCAAUGAAGGAUGCAAGCAAUUCGCAAAAUGUGCCCGAAACAAUACUCUAAUAUUUGAAACUCUUAACUGCUCCAAAGAUGCUGACUGUGGCGUCCGAGAUGGCAUAUAUGGUUGUUAUUGCAAGGAUGGAUUCGUUGGAGAUGGCAUCCAUUGCUCUACCGAUUAUUGUAGCCUACCAAACAUGAAUUGUACAUCCGAUUCAAAGUGUGUCAGUGCAGAGAAAGGUUUUUACUGCACAUGCCUGGAAGGCUACAACACUUACUGCGACCGCUGUGAAGAUAUUGAUGAAUGUAAGACCGGGACCCACAAAUGCGACAGAGUAGGUAACUGUAUUAACACUGUAGGUUCUUACAGGUGUACAUGUCCUGAAGGUUAUUAUUUGGAUAACAAGAAAUGUAGAGAUAUUGAUGAGUGUGACAUGAACACCCACAACUGUUCCGCCCAUUCCCGUUGUUUCAACAAAGGAGGGGGAUUUGACUGUCUCUGUUGCUCUGGAUACACGAAAAAGAACGGCAAAUGUGUGGAAAGCGGAGAAAUCAAACCUGGUGAACAGACAAAAUGUUGUGCUUGUCAUGGUUAUAUUUGUGGCCUGAAAGGAACGUUCGUCAUUUCUAUCUAUCUAUCUAUCUAUCUAUCUAUCUAUCUAUCUAUCUAUCUAUCUAUCCUAAUCUGUUCAUUAUCUAUCUAUCUAUCUAUCUAUCUAUCUAUCUAUCUAUCUAUCUGUAAAAGUAUGUUUUUUGAUUUUAACGCACACACACGUGUUUGUAUCUAUCUAUCUAUCUAUCUAUCUAUCUAUCUAUCUAUCUAUCUAAUGUCAGUUUGUGGUACAGAUGGACUCACUUACAAUAACAUGUCGGAUAUGGUGAUCAGCGCCUGUGAAAAGAACACGACCAUUAAACUAGAUUACAGACACAAGUGCGAAAAAAGCUGUGAUUUGGUGAGGUGUCCCAAAUACCAAGUCUGUGAAAUGGACGAAGCAACUGGCAAGCCCGUAUGCAAAUGUGAACCGUGUUCUGAAACUGAUAACAUGAAAAUCCCUGUCUGCAGUCAGGUGAACGUCAUUUAUGAGAGCAUGUGUCAAUUCAAAAAAUUCCAAUGCAGAUUUAAUAUAGAACAAAUUAUUCUCGAUGCCAAACAGUGCAAGCCGGGAGAUGGAGGCAGUGCAGUCGGGCCUUGGGCACCGUGGAGCCCCUGCAGCGUCACCUGUGGGAAAGGAACGAAAACAAGGAAAAGAGAAGCGCUGAGAACGUUAGACGAGUUUGAAAAAAAUAGUUUGCCUCUGAAUGCCAGUGCCGAUUGCUACGAAGAUCCUUGUCCAGAUGGUACUCUUUUAAGUAAUAUCUAUUUAUGUACGUAUUUAUUAAUUAUUGUGCAAAAAAUUAUAGCAUUAUCGAUUCAUCUGUUUCUACUUCUUGUUUCGCUCUCUUUCUUUCUUUCUUUCUUUCUUUCUCUCUUUCGCUAUCAUUGUACUCGGAUAAAUAAAUUCAUAUCUAUCUAUCCUAGUUUGUUCAUUAUCUAUCUAUCUAUCUAUCUAUCUAUCUAUCUAUCUAUCUAUCUAUCUAUCUAUCUAAGUUUAUUCAUUAUCUAUCUAUCUAUCUAUCUAUCUAUCUAUCUAUCUAAGUUUGUUCAUUAUCUAUCUAUCUAUCUAUCUAUCUAUCUAUCUGUUAUAUCUAUCUAUCUAUCUAUCUAUCUAUCUAUCUAUCUAUCUAAGUUUGUUCAUUAUCUAUCUAUCUAUCUAUCUAUCUAUCUAUCUAUCUAUCUAAUUUGUUCAUUAUCUAUCUAUCUGUGUUCUUUAUCUAACUUACUAUUUCUUACUCAAUCUCAGUAUAUUCAUUAUCUAUCUAUCUAUCUAUCUAUCUAUCUAUCUAUCUAUCUAUCUAUCUAUCCUAAUAUGUUAAUUAUCUAUCUAUCUAUUUAUUUUGGUCCUUGCGUAAAUCAUAAGUGUCAGGUCUCGUCGCAACAUUGUGUGACAGUCGACGGAAGAGCCGAGUGCGAAUGUCCCAAUUGUUUCGGUGAAGGGAAGGAUCCUGCCUGUGUGCGCAUCUACGUUGGGAUGUACGCCUACACGGAGCAGACCUUCAACAACCCGUGUGAAGGGAGACGAACAGCAUGCUUCAAGGGACUGGACAUGAAACCUGUUGAUGAUGUUGCGUGCGGAUUAUUACCAGUGAACUGUUCUUAUGUGGCAAAUUUUGUGAACGUGACUGAUGGAGAGUGUCAUCACGAUGGAGAAGUCAAUAUGGGCAAAUGCGUGGGUGGAUGUGGCACAGACGCUGGCCACUGCUGCGACGUAGUUGCCUUUGAGAACGUUAGUGUGAAUCUGAACUGUCCAAAUGGGACGAAGAGGAAAAAACAGGUGAUGAAAAUAAACAAGUGUCAGUGUAUAGAACAGACACAGAUAUCCUCACAACGUACUGCGCCAUAA